UUGACUAUGAAAGUCAAUAUAUAGUCGCCAAACUACAUUGGCUAAAAAUUGACUUUUGGUCGCCAUAAAGUAGACUUUUAAGUUAACUUAAAGAACUUGUUGAUAAAAGACUUAAAGGACUUAUUGACAGACUGUAAUAUACAUUCAAUCCGACUUUGAACUUAACUUUAAAUCAUUUCCGCCGACUGAUAAUCGACCAAUAGUCGACUUGUUGUUGUGUGUGAAGUUAUAUAUUUAAAAAAUAAUUAUAAAACACUACAGCUUAGACUCUUUAGAUACAUUACCUUAACAUAUAUUACAAUAAUCAUUUGAUUUGACGUCUAUAUAAACAGGGAUUUGAAAAAAUGUUAGUCAGACGUAGUUUCUUGCUUACGACGUAAACAAUAUCACAGUAAUAUCAUUAAAAUUAUAAUUAAAACAAUGGAUGAUAAAAAAGUGGAUAGAUCGUGGAACGGUAUUGAUUCAGGUGAAGAAGUUGUUAUUUCUGGUAUUAGCGGCAGAUUUCCAGAUUCAGACAAUAUGAAUCAAUUACGAGAAAAUCUUUUUAAUAAAGUUGACCUUAUUAAAGCAAAUCAUGAUCGAUGGAAAGAAGAUUUCCUUCCGGAUAUGUCAAACCGUAUGGGAACAGUUAACAAUGUGAAAAAAUUUGAUACCAAUUUCUUCGAAUUAUCUUUCGAUCAAACACAAACACUCUCGCCUGAAGCGAGACUGUUAAUGGAACAUUGUUACGAAGCAAUUGUCGAUGCGGGAAUUAAUCCAAAGCAAUUACGAGGAAAAAAUACUGCUGUAAUUAUAGGGGCCUACUUUAUUGAAACGCAAAAAGAGUUUCAAUAUAAGAAAGAAGAGUUAGGUGGCUUGAAUAUUAUUGGAUGUAGCAAAUCUACAACAGCGAACAUGAUUUCAUACUACUUGGAUAUAAAAGGACCGUCAUACGUGGUUGAUACGGCAUGCAGCUCUAGCUUUUAUGCUAUGGCACUUGGUUAUAAUUGUAUUAUGUCAGGAGUAUGCGAAGACGCGAUAAUUGGGACUGCAAAUCUAUGUCUUAAUCCAAUUAUUAAUCUACUAUUUACUAAUCUUGGUGUUUUGUCACCUAAUGGUUAUUCCAGACCUUUUGACUCUGCUGCAAAUGGUUUUGUGCGUGCUGAAACGGUGGCAGUGAUUUAUCUGCAAAAAGCAAAAAAUGCAAAAAGGAUUUAUGCUAUAUGUCCACAUAUUAAAAUGAACAGCGAUGGUUACAAACAAGAAGGAAUAACAUUUCCAUCGUCCUUUAUGCAGAGUACUCUACUAACAGAAUUUUACAAUGAAUGCGGAAUACCAACAUCUUGCUUGGAUUACAUUGAAACACAUGGUACCGCAACCAAAGUUGGCGAUCCCCAAGAAAUUAAUGCAAUCCAGAACGUUUUGUGUAAAAAUAGAGAAACUCCAUUAAUGAUCGGCUCCGUAAAAUCUAACCUUGGUCAUGCUGAAGCAGCGAGUGGCAUCACUCAGAUUGCUAAGGUAAUAAUAGCAUUCGAAAGCGGUUUUGUCCCUCCAAAUAUUAAUUAUACAACACCACGGAAUGAUAUAGAUGCCUUAAGAAAUGAUACUAUUCGUAUCGUCCAAAAACCAAUGCCACUUAAAAACGGUUACAUAGGUAUCAGUUCUUUCGGUUUUGGAGGCUCUAAUGUUCAUGCAUUAUUAAAGUGGAAUCACAAACAAAAAAUUAACAACGGUUUACCAAAUGAUGAUUUGCCAAGACUUGUGAUAUUAUCUGGACGUACUGAAGAAUCUGUGAAGCUGUUUUUAAACGACGUCGUUAAUCAUCCAAUAGAUAAAGAAUACAUCCGUUUAUUACAUGAUAUCCAUGCAGACAAUAUAAAAGGUCAUCCAUGGAGAGGAUUUAUUAUACUUAAUAAUCAGCAACAAAAAUCAAUAGAAGAAAUUCAAAAUUGUGAAAGCAUGAAAAGACCUGUUUGGUUUAUAUUUUCUGCUCUAGGCACACAAUGGCCAGGAAUGGGACAAAAUUUACUAAAAUUUCAAGUUUUUGCAAAUACAAUAAAAAUGUGCGAUAUUAUUUUAAAACCAUAUGGUAUAAGUGUUACGGAUAUUUUGACAAAGACAGAUGAAAAAUUGUGCAAUAAUGCUUUAUAUGCCUUUCUUGGUAUCGUCGCUAUUCAGAUUGGCUUAAUAGACCUCUUGACAUCUUUAGGAAUUAUUCCGGAUUACAUGAUUAGUCAUUCCGCUGGUGAACUCGGUUGCGCCUACGCGGAUAAAUGUCUCACUAUUGAACAAACUAUUUUGUCAGCUUACUUUAUAGGUUUGGCAUGUGUUGAAGAAAAAAUAAUUCGUAGCUCUCUGGCACUCGUCAGUCUUAAUUACGGAAAUCUAAAAAAUAUGUGUCCAGCAGAUAUUGAAAUAAUAUGCCGCAAUAGCGCAAACAGCAAUAUUGUGUGUGGACCGACAGAAUCCAUACAAAAACUUAUGAAAAAAUUGCAGCUUAAUAAUAUUCACGUGAAAGAGAUCUAUUGCAACGUACCGUAUCACAGUUCUUAUCUUGCAUCCGUAAAAACUCAACUUUUGUUAAAUUUAAACAAUGUAAUACCGCGGCCAAAGAAGCGAAGUUCAAAGUGGAUUAGUUCUUCAAUAUCUCGAACGGAAUGGUUCACUUCAACGUCAAGUUCAUCAUCAGCGGACUAUCAUACGAAUAGUAUAUUAAACACCGUUCUUUUUGAACAAACUACACAACUAAUUCCAAGUAAUGCUGUGAUUAUCGAAAUCGCACCAGACGGCGUUUUGCAAGACGUUUUGAAAGGAUCCUUGAACACAAAAGUAGCAAACGUUGUACUGAAUAAACGCACUGAACAAAAUAUUGAAGUGCUUUUACAAGGAAUUGGGAAGCUCUACAAUUAUGGUUUACAACCGCAAAUUGCCAAUCUGUACCCACCAGUGGAAUUUCCAGUUAGCCGAGGAACUCCUAUGAUCUCUCCAUCGAUCAGAUGGAAACACUCUGAAGAUUGGUUUGUACCGAGCUGUAAAAUAGAUAAGAAUGUAGAAAGAAAAAGAUACAUCGAAAUUUCACUUAAAGAUAUCGAGCACGAUUAUUUGACCGGACACGUAAUAGAUGGAAGAAUUUUGCUGCCUGCAACAGGUUAUCUUGUACUUGUUUGGCAAACUAUUGGCAUAAUGAAAGGAUUAAUGUUCUCAACAAUACCGAUAAUAUUUCAAGAUGUAAAGUUUAUUCGUGCUACUCAUUUGACAAAAAAUAAUACUGUAACAUUAAGGAUUGCGAUACAAAGAGAUGGGAAGUUUGAAAUAACCGAAGGUGAUAGCGUUGUGGUAACAGGUACAGCGUAUGAUAUUUCGAAUCCAGAACAAGAAAUGACUUCGAUAGAUUUAUUAUCAGAGGAUUAUGAUGAAGAAGAACAAAUGACGACGCGAGAUAUCUACAAGGAGUUGAAACUCCGCGGUUAUCAGUAUAGCGGCUGGUUUCGUGGAAUAAAGCGUGCAUCGGUUUCAGGCAAUAAAGGACACAUCGUUUGGAAAAAUUGGAUAACGUUCAUGGAUAACAUGCUACAAAUGCGUCUUAUCGGAUACGAUACUAGGAAUGUGUAUGUUCCUACGAGUAUUAAAAAAUUGGUGAUUAAUCCUGAACUUCAUAUUUCGAUGCUACGAAAUAAUGCAGAUUAUGAGAAAGAUACCAUAUUACCCGUACAAAUAUACAAAGAAAUAGACAUGAUUAAAGCAGGUGGAAUAGAAAUACAAGGCCUUAAAGCCACUCAGAUUUAUCGUCGGAAAUUAAACCAGGAUGCUGUUAUCGAGCAGUACAAAUUUAUAGCUCAUCAAGAUCAUGCUGAGAUUCCUCUAAAUGAAGCUAUUCGGAUAUCGGCACAACUUGUGAUAGAAGAUCAUCAAAUCACUAAAGUGAAAGCUAUUGAGCUGGUGGAAGACGUUGACGAUGUUACAUUGGAAUACCUUUCGUCUUCAUUGUUGAUUGAAGCUUUUGAGGACAUACCAUUGAUACAAACGAAUGUCACUCUAUUAACAUCGCCAAAUCGUUUUAGUUCACAAGACUUAUUAGAAAAUAUUUUAAUCGCUGAUAUAAACAAACCAACUGUAAAUGAUAAAGUCUUAAUAGUUGCUGGAUUUAAUCUUUUAUCUAAACAGGAAACUUCUUUAGAACAACUUUUGCCAUUUCUAAAAGAUGGUGGUUAUCUGCUGACGCGUGAAAUGUGCGACAUAUAUGACUAUAGCAAGUAUCAGCAACAAUACAAAUUAAAUCUUAUUCUUGAAAAGCGCACCGAUAAAGAAAUAAUUGUUCUUAUGAAGAAGAAAGUUUAUGUAAAAAAACAAAUUGUUGUUCAUAUAAGUAAUAAUAAUUUUAACUGGUUAGAUGAUUUAAAGUCGCUUGUAAGCGACGAAAGCAAACUCGAGGAGGAUAGUAGAAUCAUAAUUGUUGGAGAGGGAGACUCUGAGUGUGGUCUGUUGGGUUUUGUUAACUGCUUGAGAAAAGAACCAUGUGGAGAACUUGUUAGGGGUGUGCUUAUUCAAGACAAGGAAGCUCCUAAAUUUUCUCUUCAAGACCCCUUUUAUUUACAACAAUUGGAAAAAGACAUGUCUAUUAAUGUAUUACGGUCUGAUAGAAUCUGGGGAUCGUAUAGACAUUUACGAUUACCACCACAGAAAGCCGAACCUAUUUCUACCGCUCAUGUUAGCCAAACGGUUUGUGGUGAUUUGAGUACAUUUUGUUGGAUAGAGAAUAAUCUAACCAUUCGAUAUUGUCGUGAAGACUUAGUACACGUUGUAUAUUCAUCCCUUAAUUUUAAAGAUGUAAUGCUUGCUACUGGUAAAUUAAUACAUAAUAUGGCGCUUUUUCAAGGACGGUUAUUUGAAUAUAUUCCUCUUGGUCUGGAAUACGUUGGAUUCGAUGCUACCGGGCAACGAGUAAUGGGAGUGAAUGAUACUGACUGUAUAGCAAACGUUGUUGUAAAGAAUAAAGACUUAUGUUGGAAAGUACCGGACGCGUGGACAUUUGAAGAGGCUGCGACGGUUCCAUGCGUUUAUAGUACAGUUUACUUCGCCUUAUACAUUUAUGGAAAAAUGAAAAAAGGCGAUAAAGUACUUAUACACUCUGGUACUGGCGGCAUUGGACAGGCAGCUAUUCAUCUCGCUCUCAAAGAAGGAUGCGAAGUGUUCACUACUGUAGGCACGGGCGAGAAACGUAAUUUUAUUAAAAAAGUGUUUCCUACAAUUUUGGAUGAACAUAUUGAAAAUUCUCGAGAUACCAGCUUUGAACAAAUGAUAAUGCAACAAACGAACGGUCGUGGCGUUGACAUCGUGUUAAAUUCACUGGCGGAGGAAAAGCUAAUCGCCUCCAUUCGUUGUUUGGCCCAAAAUGGUCGUUUUUUGGAGAUCGGAAAGUUUGAUCUUGUUUCUAACAAUCCUCUUUGUAUUUCUGCGUUUCAGAAGGGUAUUAGCUUUCAUGGAAUCUUAUUAGAUAAUUUAUUUAUUGGUGAUCACAAGUAUAAACUCAUAUUACGCAAAAUGAUAACCGAUGGUCUUAAGAACAGAACCAUCAAACCUAUUCAAGUAAAAGUUUUCCCGAAAACAGGUAUUGAAGAAGCUUUUAGAUAUAUGGCGAGUGGAAAACACAUGGGAAAGAUUAUUAUAAAUAUUCAGGAAACAAAUAAACCUUUAAAUGAGCCCAUUAUUGCAUAUCGUCGCUAUUAUUGUCUCAAGAACAAAAGUUAUAUUAUAUUGGGUGGUUUGGGUGGAUUUGGUUUGGAGUUAACAGACUGGUUAAUAUUUCGUGGUGCCAGAAACAUAGUAUUGGUUUCACGAACUGGAAUAAAAAACGGUUAUCAACGCAUGAAGAUUCGAUUAUGGGAAUCGUAUGGUGUAAAUGUGUUAAUUAUCAAGAAUAUCGAUGUCGCUGAUCCCGAAGAUUGUGAAUACCUCUUGCGAACUGUAGAAAACGAAGCACCAGUGGACGCAAUAUUCAACCUCGGUGUGGUGUUGAAGGAUAACGUUUUAAAGAAUCAAACCGCGGAGACAUUCGCAGAGUCCUUCAAGUCAAAGGCUCGGGCGACACAAACUUUGGACAAACUUUCCAGAAUGUUUUGUCCUAAACUGAGGCAUUUCGUAGUAUUCUCUUCCGUUUCUUGUGGUAGAGGCAACUUUGGACAGACUAAUUACGGCAUGGCCAACUCUGUUAUGGAAAGAGUUUGCGAAAAGAGGGUUGAAGAAGGAUUACCCGGAUUAGCAAUUCAAUGGGGAGCUGUUGGUGACGUGGGUCUCGUCGCUGACAUGCAGGAGGACGAUAAGGAAUUGAUUAUCGGUGGUACUUUACAACAAAAGAUAUCCUGUUGUCUUGACGAACUCGAUAAGUUUUUACUUCAAAGCCACCCUGUUGUGAGUAGUAUGGUGGUAGCCGAAAAGAAAUUGGGAUCUAUCGGAUAUGGAAGUCCGAUAGAAGCUGUCGCCAGUAUUUUAGGUAUAAAAGACAUAAAAGUUGUAAGUCAAAAUACAUCUCUGGCUGAACUUGGAAUGGAUUCCAUGAUGGCUGUUGAAAUCAAACAAACUUUGGAACGAGAAUUCAACAUUUUUCUCACUGCAAAAGAUCUGUCUAGUCUCACCAUUGCGAAACUUAAUAAGAUGUCCAAUACAAACGUCAAUAAUGAUGAUAUGCAGCAUGAAAAUAAUUUUAAUACAGAAGAGGCCUAUGCCAUGAAAUUACCAGUUAGUAUUGUACAAGACAAAGAUUUUAUUUUAGAGAACUAUUUGGAUCUCUCGACCGGAAAACAGAAUACUACUACUGAAGUAUUUCUUAUACCGGGAAUCGAUGGUUGUGGAACGGUAUUUCGUCAUUUAGCUGCAGAUAUUAAAUUUUCAGCAAUGUCUUUGCAUUAUAACACAAAUAACAUCGAUGCUACAAACGUCAUAUUGGAGACGACUGAUCGUGUUAUCAAUCAUGUAUUAUCAAAACUAAAAAAUGGAAAAGACUUUGUAAUAGUAGGAUACUCCUUUGGAUCUAUUAUUGCAAUUGAGUUAGCAAGGAGAUUGGAAGACUUGAAUUUCAAAGGUCGUUUGGUUCUUAUCGAUGGUGCUCCUGAACAAAUGCGAAUGAUAUACAAAUAUUCUUCAUCAAAUUUUAACGAUGUGGAUCUUCAGUUGGUUGUUUUGACUAAUAUUAUAGAACUUUAUUCACCAGGAUCUAGUAAAAAGAUUGUAAUGGAACUGGAGAAAUGUAAUACCUGGGAAGAACGAUACAAUAUUUUCGCAAGAUUGUUUUUAGUUAUGAAUACAUCACUGUCUUCAGCAAAUUUAAAAACGCUGUGUACCACUGUUUACAAACAUUUAUCCGCUAUUCGACACUACGAUCCUUCUACAUUGCCACCCAUUAAUUCUCCUAUAAUCUUGUUAAAACCUACACAACCGUUGAAUGUACCAAUGACGGAUGAAGAUUAUGGUUUGCAUAAGGUAACUCAAAAUGUAAUUCAAGUACAUUACGUCGAUGGUACUCAUGUGACGAUAUUGAGAAACAAAAAGGUGUUGGCUGCAAUUAACGGAGAACCACCCUUUAUUAUUUAAGAGAAUAAUAUGGGAGAUGUAACCGGAGGCCAUCCAAAGCCGAAAGGCAAGGAUUAUAUAAUAAUAAAUAAUAAUAAUAAUAGUAUAAUUAUUUGCAACGUAUAAUAAAUAAUAUAUGUAUACGUAUAUAUUACAAUAUAACGUUGUUUCUUCUUUACCCUUUUUAUUUUCCUUAAAAUUAAUAAAAAAGUAAAUAAGUUGUGUGGCUAGUCGUCCGCACAUUUUAAUAGUACAUUAUAUAAUGAGGGCAUAAAGUUGGUCUAUUGUUUAUAUAUGUUAUUUUUAAAGGAAUAUGGCUUUAUCUUGUAAAAAUUAAUUUAAACAAAAUAAAGUUUAAAAAAAUUGCAAAAAAGAAUUUUUUAAUCAUUUGUCGUAUUUUCGUCAAUUUUUAACAAAUCUAAAAAACCAUUAGUUUUAGAAAAGUAAAAGAUAUAUCUAUAAUUAGGAUAAAAAA